CGAAAAUACCAGACCCGAGAGCUACAGCUGAGGAAGCAGACACCUCUACCGUUAACGUUUUAGGACGAUUGAACGAAAGUGAUGUUCCAACAAUGCCGAUAGUGGAUAAACUCAAGGAGGCAUUAAAACCUGGUCGAAAGGAGACGGGUGAUGAGGGCGACCUCAACAAACUGUUGGCCUCUUCUGCCAAGAAGGUCCUCUUGCAGAAGAUAGAGUUCGAGCCUGCCAGCAAGGGUUUCUCCUAUCAGCUGGACAGCCUGAAGAACAAGUAUGUGAUCCUCAAUCCCAGAAAUGAAGGCGCUACGAGCCAAAAGGCUCCAGAGCCGGCCCAAAUAAAGAGGCAAGUUUCAGAGAACGUAGUCGGGGGCCAGAGCGACGGGAUCCCCGCCCCACAGAAGAUGCUCUUUCCAGGGAACAAGCUUACCCUUAAAUGGGAGCGCGUGUACAGGGUGGGAGCCGGUCUCCACAACCUAGGAAACACCUGCUUCCUCAACUCCACUGUGCAGUGUCUCACCUACACCCCGCCACUUGCCAACUACUUACUCUCAAAGGAGCACAGCCGUGCCUGUCACCAGUCGGGCUUUUGUAUGAUCUGUGUAAUGCAGAACCACAUCAUCCAAGCCUUUGCCAACACAGGCAAUGCCAUCAAGCCGGUCUCCUUCAUCAGAGACCUGAAAAAAAUUGCCAGACAUUUUCGCUUUGGAAGCCAGGAGGAUGCCCAUGAAUUUCUGCGGUAUACCAUCGAUGCCAUGCAGAAAGCCUGCCUCAACGGAUACCCUAAGCUGGACAGGCAGACCCAGGCCACAACGCUGGUUCACCAGAUCUUUGGAGGUUACCUCAGGUCAAGAGUGAAAUGCUCUAUUUGUAAAAGUGUGUCAGAUACAUAUGACCCUUACCUGGACAUUGCUGUGGAGAUUCGGCAAGCGGCAAACAUCGUGCGAGCCCUGGAACUGUUUGUUAAACCAGAUGUACUAAGUGGAGAGAAUGCCUACAUGUGUGCCAAGUGCAAAAAGAAAGUGCCAGCGACUAAGCGCUUUACAGUCCAUCGAACAUCUAAUGUACUGACCCUUUCACUGAAGAGGUUUGCCAACUUCAGCGGAGGAAAAAUAACAAAGGAUGUUGGUUACCCAGAAUUUCUGAACAUCCGCCCCUACAUGUCUCAGAGCUCAGGCGAUCCUGUUAUGUACGGCCUCUAUGCUGUUCUGGUGCACUCUGGCUACAGUUGUCAUGCUGGUCACUACUACUGCUAUGUAAAGGCAAGCAACGGACAGUGGUACCAAAUGAAUGAUUCAAUGGUGCACUCUAGUAACAUCAAAGUGGUCUUGAACCAGCAGGCUUAUGUGCUUUUCUACCUGAGGAUCCCUGAAAGCAAGAAGAAUGCAGAUGGACAGACCACCAAACAGGGGAUGUUACAUCCUGUGAAGAACAGUGUGUCGUCUGAACAGAUAAAGAGGGCUAACCUGAACGGGCCUCUCUCUUCCCCGCAGAUCACGAAGAAACUUGAGCCUGCACAGCUGCGUAAGAUCCAGUCCAUGGAUGGUGGUUUGGGCUUGCCCAUUUCCAGGAACGGUGUGAGCUCGCAGCCACAGCCCAGACUUUCCAACUGGACGUCAUCCUCCAAUGGCCCGCCAAAGCUGCCAGGCGGACCCACGGUUAUCGAAGAGCCUUUCAAGAAGCUGAAGAAGCCGUCUCCCCAGAGCCAAGCGCAGUCCCGCAGCAGCACUCCGACGCCCUCCAACAACGGGGUCAGCAGGACGGAGGGGGAGAAAAAGCAAGGUGGCGAGGGCAGAGGCAUGGCAGCGUCUACCUCAAUUAAGUCUUUGUCUGACUCUUCCUCUGCCGACACCACUGAAUCAAAGGACUCUGUGGGAACCAAAAGUGCGCCAGUAGGAGAGACUCCCUCCACCCCACGGAAAGGCUCCAAUGGCUUAGCGUCUCCAGCCAAGAGCGUGGAGCGCUCUCAGAGCACAGAGGAGCAGAAAACAGCGAAAAUAAAACCCCCGGCCCUCAACAACAUCACGUCUGAAGCCACCAGCACCAUGUCACCUCCACCUGCCAAGAAACUGGCGCUGUCAGCCAAGAAGGCUCGCAGCCAGAGACCGAGCAGCAUUGAUGCUCUGCCCCCUUUGCCACGCCAGCUGUCCAGUGACCCCAUGCAUCAAAAUCAACUUAACCUCUUCACCUUUGCCUCACCUACUCACACUCACAGAACUGAUCCAUUCCAUUCACCUAAAGUCCAGUCAUCGCCUUUUGCCCACUCAAGUGGAUCCUUCAAACAGCAGAGCCCUCAGAAACAGUCCCUUCUCUCCACCCUGCAAAAGCCAAACGCCAGCCUUUCUCUUAAAACCAACGGGCUUCACAGUGCUGCCCCCAGGAGCCCCAAGUCUUCCAACAGUCUCAUCUCGUUGGUGCAAGAACCAGACCUCAACAGCACUCAAAAGGUCAAUCCAAAGAAGAAGAAGAAAAAGAAGCGGCGGCAUUCUGAGGUGGAGGGUGACACAGAGCCGGUGACACCCCCGGCUACAGUGACACAGGCCAACCCCGGGGAAUCAGCCAGCGAGAAAAAAAGGAAGAAGAAAAAGAAAAAGCGAAAGAGGGAGCAGGAGGAGGGCGAGAAGGUUAAGGAGAGGGAGUGUGUCCCAUCUCACCUGGACACAGCGAACCAGGAGGAGGAUUGGUGUCAAGGUGGCAUGUGGAGUCUUACAUCUCACUCAGAUACAGAACAGUCUAAGCCGAAGCUUCAGUUAGCUGCUACAACCCCGACACAGUGUGAGUCAGCUCAUAAAGGAGAGGGAAGGGACUCUGUAAAGCUAAAGAAGAAGAAGAAGAAAAAGAAGAUGCAGCUAGUGGAGGCUCUGCAGGGCAAAACUUCAGCAUGCACUGCGUCAAAGAGCACUUCUGAGUUGAAGGCGGCAGUCAUUCAGAAUGAUAUUGGAGAUCUGAUAACCUUGAAAAAGAAACUAAAGGUGAAGAAGAAGAAGCGGCUAAAAGAAGAUGUGAAACUGUGGGAGGAGAGCCGGCGACACUCAGACAGGCAGAAUGAUGAGCCUGAAGCAGAGGAACCCCCCUCCAAAAAGAACGCCACGGAGAACAGCAAAAUAAGUAAACAAAGCUCAGCCUCAGUGGUAGUGUGGGACAGCCAAGUGAAGGACGGCUACAAACGCAGUCAGGCGCCAGCAGCUGAUGGAAGUCACUCAGGAGACACCUCGACCCGUCCUGCUCCUGUAGCCUGGGACGGGAAAAAGACAAGUGGGGUGGUAGAGGAGCUGCUCAGGAACGCCACUGAUAAGGCCUACGGAGCCAACGUCCUCAGUUGGGAUGGAGAGGUCUCUGCGAUUAGUAGAGAUGCUGCUGAGGAUGUCCGGCACGCCAUGAGUGACACUGUGAUCGAUGAGUGGGAUGAAGAUUUUGACCGGGGAAAGGUGAAGAAAAUGAAAAACUUUAAAAAAGAGAAGUGGAGAAGUGGCAGCAGCAUCUUCCAGAAGAUCCAGGACAGGCGAAGCAAGUGGUCUGUAACACCUGGAGGAAAGAGAGUUUUUGGAGUCCGUCGCUGAGAGUCCACAUUGCUGUUGAGGUCAUGCUGACUGGAAAUCGAGACAACGAUACUGUAUACCAAACUUCUGUUCCCUUUUCCCACUUUUUUAAAUCUAUUGGUCUUUUGUUUAUCUUGAGAACCAAAAUUCUUGAGUUGCUUGUAAGUUCAUUUCUAAAGCAGCACAGACUGCACCGACUGUCUGACAGCCCCUUCUGUCAUUUCUGUCAUUUUAAAGAAAAAUUAAAUGUUUUCAGGCUCCCAUCAUAUCCCCUUUAAAUCCAAAUACCACAGGAAGUGGCUCUAACUUUUCUAUGCAUGCAGUAAUAGAAACCCUUACACCUCCAUGUCAAAUGAAUGACAUACAUGUUGCCAUCCCCUGAGCCUUGGUUCUUGCCCCAACAACCUUGAGCUACUAUGAAAUAAGAUACAGUUUAUCAUAUUUGAGAAGGAGAAUGGCAAAAUAUAACCUCAACAACACUUUGGCUGUCUUGUUUUGUAAACUGUAAACCAUCUCAGAUCAUACUUUUGCAGACAUAAGGGCUCAGUUAGUCGGACAUUAAACUUGUUUAAUCUUCUCCUGAAAUAAUUCUAUACCAAAUUACAAAGAUCCAUAAUAGUUUAUUCAUUAGUACAGUCAAAAGUUAGACACUUUUCCAUUUACUUAAUGAGAAGGUGUGUUCAAACUUUGAUUUAUUUUAGAUUUCUCUAUGAUUUUCCUAUUUUAUACCUUUAUCUGCUGAUAUUUUAUUUUGCUGCAGUGUCUGUGCCACGUGGCUUGUUUUUAAGGACCAAAUUUUGCCUGCAUAUUGUUGGUAAAAUUACGCUUUAAAAUUGCCACUUUUUUUUUUCUAAAUAUGCAUGUCUGAAAUUUUUCAAAAAUUUACCAAGGUGAAUUUUUUGUCUUGCUGGUUAUGUACCCUUUUUGUUCCUUAACGAAUUGAGUUUAGAAAACCACAAAAGAAUGCUCUGCCAAUUUUUCUUAACAAUUUCAUUGUCUGUGGAAAUAUCGACAUCGAUGAACAAAACAUUUGACACUAUACGUUUCAGCAUAUCUGUACAUCUACCUGGACGUUAUUGUUUUCUGACAACACAAUGCAAAUGUUGACUGGCAGAGAUGGGGUUGUCGGGAGGAACUGAAGACGGGAGCAGUCGUUUUUAACUUUCAUGUCAUCAGUCCAGCGUUCAGAAGCUCUUUGUGCGAUUUGACCUUUCACAAACUGUUCUUCACUUAUGUACUGAAAUAAAGGGGUUAAAUUUCAUACAGGCACUGUGUUAGAAUGGGACUGCCACAUGCUAAUAUUUUAUUUUCCCUUGUAUCUUAUUACUCUAUGCAAUUUUCUGAUGCUCAUGCUGGUCACCUAGAAACUGGGCUAAGACUCAGGAACCCAGACACCCUGUAUCCCAUCAUCUCUCAUCAGACCCUCCUUGCUUCAUAUCAAAGUAGGCCCUCUCCCGGGACCACCAUUUUGCAUCCUGUACAUCCUGUAGAAACUGUUUUAUACAAAAUAUUUCAGGUGUGGAAACCAUGGGAUCAUCUUGCACCAAUCCGGGCACAGAUGCGUAGAGAAACUAACGUAAUAACAAAAUGCUUUGCCAGCGUAGAAGCCUGUACAGUCCAUCUUAUGCUACCCGUUUCCCUCCAACGCUGUAAAGAUCUGCCCAUGCAUUUCUUUUCAUUCUAGAGAUGUUGCCUUGAAUUGGCUAUAAAAAAAAGUAUAGGAUUUAAUGUUAUAAAUAUAUAAUUUAAAGAAGAAAAGACACAGAUCUUUAAUGUGCUACUAAUAUUCGGAUCAGUUGGUGAGUGUUAACUUGAGAAUUAAUCUGCAAAUGUGUUAGCUCAUUUGUGUGUAAGAGAGUUGUCUGUUUUCAUGCAAGACCUUCCCUAUGUCACUGUAGUGUGUACAGUACAAGAGAGACUACGGCAGUCUACUUUCCAUAGGACGUGUUUUUCAGCUGUGAAAUCGACGUAGGGUGUCAAACGGAUUCUCGAACUGACACAGAGGAACAUUGCCCCGUGUGAAUGGACGGUCCACAUGUUUGCAUUGAUGGUUCUAUAUUUUGCACCACCUUUUCUGACCAGGGAGGAGACCUUUCAUAAUGAAAGCGGCUCUUACCACACUAUAGUUAAACUAUAAAGGUGCAAUAAAGUUGUGACUUUUGUGA